AUGCUCUCUCCCGCAGUCGUCAUGGGCCUACGCGGCGUCCAAAUUCUCUUCAGUAUCAUCGUCCUGGGUCUAACGGCAUACCUCGUCGAUGCAUACGUGUCAUGGGUCCCAGGGAGCGUCGCCUUUAUGCUCUUCUCCUCCAUCUGGACUCUUCUUGCUGUUGCAUAUCUCGUCCUUGCCCCGGCCCGAUUUCCUGCUGCCGCUCACAAGUAUGCCAUUGCUGGUGUCGAGUUCGUGACCAUGAUCUUCUGGUUCGCGGCCUUUGUUGCCGUCGCUUCGCUGUGGGGAGACAGCUGGUGGGUCGGUCAUGGCACCUUCUGGAGCUGCGGUGUGGCCGCCAUUGUCUUUGGGGCUUUCCUCUGGGCCACUUUUGUCGCUACAACCAUUCUUGCUGCGCUGCACAUCCGCAGCUCGCCCAGGAACGACCCUGCGCCUCCCAUGGCCAACGUCUAA